UGGCGGCGUUGUUGUUGUUGUUGUUGUUGUUUUUGGCGGGGGUCUCGUGCGCCGGGGAAGCGGGGCCAUGGCUGCGGCCAUCGCCAGCGGCUUGAUCCGGCAGAAGCGCCAGGCGCGGGACUUGCAGCACUGGGACCGGCCCUCGGCCAGCAGGAGGCGCAACAGCCCCAGCAAGAACCGCGGGCUCUGCAACGGCAACCUGGUGGAUAUCUUCUCCAAGGUCCGCAUCUUUGGCCUCAAGAAGAGGAGGUUGCGACGCCAAGAUCCCCAGCUCAAGGGUAUAGUGACCAGGUUAUAUUGCAGGCAAGGCUACUACUUGCAAAUGCACCCCGAUGGAAGUCUCGAUGGAACCAAGGAUGACAGCAGUAAUUCCACAUUGUUCAACCUUAUACCAGUGGGACUUCGAGUUGUUGCUAUCCAGGGUGUAAAAACAGGCUUGUAUAUAGCCUUAAAUGGAGAAGGUUUCCUUUAUACAUCAGAACUUUUUACACCAGAAUGCAAAUUUAAGGAGUCUGUUUUUGAAAAUUAUUAUGUAAUCUACUCAUCAAUGCUCUACAGACAACAAGAAUCAGGUAGGGCCUGGUUCUUGGGGCUCAAUAAAGAAGGGCAAGUCAUGAAAGGGAACAGAGUGAAGAAAACAAAACCAGCAGCUCAUUUUCUACCGAAGCCAUUGGAAGUUGCCAUGUAUCGGGAACCAUCUUUGCAUGAUGUUGGAGAAACAGUGCCAAAGGCUGGGGUGACUCCGAGUAAAAGCACAAGUGCAUCGGCAAUAAUGAAUGGCGGCAAACCAGUUAACAAGAGUAAGACGACAUAGCCAGAUCUCCAUGGGUGUUGUGACUUACCGAGCUCUAUUACAUAUGGCUGAGCACUUUACCCUUGCAAGACUGUCUCACUCUGGUGUCUGCGGAUCAGCUGGAGGCAAGCCGACGCUUGCUCUUCACUCGUUCUGAACAAGUUUGUUGCAAGCGGAUAAAUCUCAGCCUGUAACUCCUCCCACAGCAAAGAAGACACCUGGAUAACCAGCUGAACUCAGACCAUGGAAUGCCCUACCAGAUAUGGAAUGCCUUUUUAAUAUCUUUUCUGUGACUGUGACACCUCAUGUGAAUGACAUACUUCACAAGUACACUUGAUACCCUGCCUGCUGACAGUUACCCAUAAUCCCCCUUUUGAGUCCAGGAAACCCAUAUGUUUUAAGUUCAAUUUUGUAGCACACAAAACAAUAACAAGUAAUUUCUAGAUAGAUGCUGUAAACCUGUGCUAUUAUCGAUUUUCUCUUCUUCCCCCUUUUUUACGAGGCUGCUCGCUCCGCUGUCUGUGUGACUCCUUUGCAGGGAUUGUGUUUCUCUCAGAUUUAAAUGUUGAUGGUGGCUUAGUUUUGAAAAGCAAUCAGGGAAUCAGGGGAGCCUUCAAAAACCUUAUUAGGAAUUAUAUCUAUCAAAGGAUAGGAUCGUCUCAGAGUUCCAAAUGGGGGUUCAACAUGGGUACACUGAGGGUAGCGUUACUGAGGAGGGAAAAGCGUCAAACAUGGUCUGACAACAAUCUCUCGAGGCCACUGUUUGACAUCUCCUGAUAGUUUCUUUGUGUGUGUGUGUUUUAUACAUAUCACAGGCUUACUGGUAAUGGUAACAUUUGCCUUCCCAGCGAGCAAGACCCACACGUUUUUGGGAAAGUGGGUCCAAAGAACUCUGUAGGCCUUGUAGGCCUGAAUUAAGGCUCAUUUUUCAUCUACUAGUCAUUAUUUGAAAGUUUAAAAAAUCACAUUAAAACGAAUGAGAAUUGCGCUACCUAAGUCUGUUUCAAAACAAUAGAAUCCUUUUUCCUGUUUUUAAAGAAUGGAACGUAAUCCCAUCCUUAUUUUUGGCUGUAGUCCACUCUCUUAUCCAGCAAAGCAUGGGCCAGGAAGUUAUUGUGUUCUUUUUUGCAGCACCAAUGCAAAGGGUAGUUACAAAUUAUACUUUAUUUUUUUCAGUGUAUUAAAAAAGGGAUGUUUUCAACAGGACAUAUUUAAAGAGUUCCUUUGUGUUUCUUUUUAAAAAGCAUGCAGAGUUCAAUCGCUAUGUAUUAUUUCACCAGUACCCCACUACCACAUAUUUCCAGUUCAGCUUCUUAGGAUAUUAUGCCCUCCAAAUUGCUAGGUUUAUGGUGCCUUGCCUUGAUAUCAAUAUUCUUUUCAUUGUUACUACACAAACCUAGGAAAAUUCUAAGAUGAGUACAUGGCCUAGAACUUUUCUCAUCCAAUUGCCUAAUAAAAGGAAGAUGGUUGCUAUUGCCUUGACACCAGAGUUGACGCCAAUGAGAACAGAAAGGAGAAUGGCUACAAGGGGAUUGAAGCUGUAAAAAACAUGAAAUGGGUAAAGAACCUGAAAGUGCUUUUUUUAAUGUAUGUGAUUAAAAACCGGAGGCAUGACAAGAACCAAAAUGUACCUCAGUUCUGGAAAACUAUGUAUGAGACUACUAGGUGUUCCUUUCCAUGUUGGCUUCUCAUGUCAUUUUUGAAUCUGUACUUUCAGAAUGGCUUCUAAAUAUUGAUUUGUGUUUGAAAUCCAUUGUGGUCUCUUCAGAUGUCCAGUCUUUUUAAAGGGUUACCAACUGACCAUUGAUUAGCUUUUAAUGCUUACAAAAUUUUCAUAUGAGCUUCAGUUUUAAUAAACACUUCAUAUAAGUCCAGUAAAUUAUACAGUGGGCUUCUUAAUUAAGAAUAUACAAAACAAAUGAUUUGACCAUUUCAUUUUUGUUUUAUUUCCAUUUAAGAGGAGAGACUGUUUAAAGUUGGAUUGUUUCAACCAAAUGAACAAAGCAUUUUAAAAGCUAAUCAAUUUCCAAGCAUGUAAUAAGACUCUGACCCAACUCACCCUGAAAAGAGAAAGAACCAAGGAAUCAGAGAAGCAUUGUAAAAUGGUGAAAAUAUGUGCAUAAAAUUAACCCCCUUCUCCCAGUAUCUUAUCAAAAUGGCAUUUCCUCAAGGAUUAGAUUGUAAAGAAGGGCCUUUCCAUGUGUCACUCAACGAGGAGGACCUUCUCAUUCCCCGGAUACAUACAGGAAUCAGCAGGUGGACUGGCCCACUCCUGCAGGCGCUGUGUGUUCACAGGCUGUGCAGUGAACAUUGAAACCGAAGGUCUCUGCCCAGUCUGUCAACUUACUCUCAACUGUGAAAUGCUUUGUGUUAUUCUCUAGAGCACCAGAUCCUGGAGCCUGCUUACUUUAAUUUUAAAUAGGCCGUUACAUUUCUGUACUGUGCAACUGGAGUUUUAAAAACAAACAUUCUGGAACACUCUGAAACAGGAAAGUGAAAUAAAAAGAGAGAGAAAAUGUAUUUGUUCUUCAGAAUUUCCUAUUGUUGCAUGAAGGGGAAGUGGGGCAGAGGGGCUUUGUAGCUAACUUCAAGAAUGAGAUAACUGAUUAUUGGUAACUGGUUAUUAAGGCCAGCAAA